CUCGGUGGUUAAAACCGCGGUGUGGUCUUCGUCAAGGAGAAAACUAUCAUCUCAUAGCCUUUGGAAAAUACGGCUAUGAGAUAAAUAGCAUUUCAGAAUUGUUUUUAGGUGCCUCUAUCAGCUCUAAAUAUCACUUGGUGGCAUUAUAGCAACAGACUCGAGGUUACAUGUAACCGUAUGGCUGUAAGUGUCUCGAUAGUUUCAGACAGGAAAUGAACCUAAGGAUUUUUUAAUUAAUUAAUUUAUUUUUUUCUUUGUACUUGCAAUAGUUAGCUAACUUCUUUUACGACUGUGAGCCAUGUUUCUAACGUGACACGGUGGACGUGGAUGAAUGCACCGCCUUUUCUCGUCUGUGUUCGGGUGUUGCCUGCCUGGUUGGCUGUCUGUUGAUCGACCCUCUGCAGCAGCACGCUGCUCCUCCUCCUGCCGCUGCGGUGGUUUCCUGUCUCCUGACGCCGUUUGAGACUAAAAGACAUCGAUUUUCAUUUGGUUUGAAUACAGAUGCGCAUGAGUCCUGGACAGUAACAGGAUGGGAUCUCUGAAGGCUCUCCAGGAGUGGUGUCGGAUACAAUGUGAAAACUACAGCAAUGUGGAAAUCAGGGACAUGUCUUCGUCCUUUCGGGACGGUUUGGCGUUUUGUGCCAUCAUCCAUCGCCACAGACCAGAACUGAUAGACUUUGAUUCACUGUCAAAAGAAAACAUCUACGAGAACAACCGUCUGGCCUUUGAGGUGGCAGAGACCGAGCUGGGAAUUCCAGCCUUGCUGGACGCAGAAGACAUGGUGUCCAUGAAAGUCCCCGACCGACUGAGCAUCAUCACAUAUGUGUCCCAGUAUUACAACUUUUUUAACAACAAAUCACAAGCGAACCCCCCUUCUAUGAAGAGGCUUAGUACAGUCAGUCAUAAUGAACCAGCCCAGAAAAAGCCACCAACUCUUUUGGAAGACAAGGGGGAUGAAGCUGAGACUGGUGCAGAGGAGGUCACUGUGGUCAAGAGCAGCACUCUGAGCAGCUCCUGUGCUGCUUGCCAGAAACACGUUCAUCUGGUGCAGAGGUUUCUCAUCGAUGGCAAGCUUUACCAUCGGAGCUGUUUCAGGUGCACAGAGUGUCGCAGCACCCUCCUGCCUGGAUCCUACAGAGGAAAUGACUCUGGGGCGUUGGUUUGUACACACCAUCUCUCAAAGCACGCUUCAGCCAAUCAGAACGGUCGUCCGGAUCUCAGUAAAAUAACAGAGGAGGUUCAGUCUGCUAGGACCGGUCACAGCGCAGCUCUUCACCCCGUCCUCUCUGAGAGGGAUGAGACAAAGACUCCUUCCCCUGUACGCUCAACUAAUGGUGACACAGCGGCUAAUGACUCUGUCACGACUGUUACAAGCAAUAAGGAAGAGUCUUUGGAUGAAGAGGAAAAGGAGGAAUCACGUCCUUCCUCUCCACCUAAUCCUUUUGAUGAGAGUGAUGAAGAGGAGGAUGAGGAGUGCAAUGUGGAAGAAAAACAAACUAUUGAAACAUCCAAUAGGGAUGUUCCUUCUGGCUCUGAUGAAAAUGCUGCUGAGGCCAGUGUACCUGUGCCGGCGCCCAGAACGCUGUCAGAGACCACCCCUCCACCUCGCCCGACUCCCCGGGUUCGGCUAGCCUGCAACGCAAGCAGUUCUUCAGCCACAGUCGAACAUCUGAAGCCUCCAGCUCCCCCCAAACCCAGAGAGCGCUCACAGUCUCCUGGAAGUGGCACCCAUAAACCCAAAGACCCACCUUGGCUUGCCCUGGUCCAAUCAGAAUCUAAGAGGAAGAAAGCCCCUCCCCCACCCCCUCCUGGAAUGGCAGCACCCCCAAACACAGGCUCUCUGUCUUCUUCCCAAGCGGAGGGCUCUGGACCCAGCACGCCCCCUCAGCCCUCCAAUCCCUUUGAGGAUGAGGACGACGAGGUAAAUGAAGAAGAGGAAGGUGAGGAAGGAGUAGUUCCACCCACAGUGGCGGCCUCCCACCCAUGGUACAGCAUCACUCAGACAUCUGAUGCUUCAAACAUCACAAAAGGAAGCUCGUCCCGCUCUGCCAGUCCAGGUAGCGCUAAGAGCAAGAAAAGGCCAGCACCGCGUGUUCCUUCCCAGCCGCUUGCUGGUAACCAAGCUGUGUCUCACUCGCAGCCCUCCUCCUGUUCUCCCUCUCCAGCUCUAAGCAUAGAGAGUUUAUCCUCUGCCUCAGACCACAGCUCAUCCCAGCUCCCACUGGGUGCCAGUGCCAGCAGCGAGCAGGAGCAAAGCUUCACCAAGAGCGUCUCAGAGCCCUCUAUGUGUUCCCCCAGCGACAACCCAUCUUCCUCCUCAUCAUCAGAUCUCCUUAACCAAACCUCUCAAAGCGCUAGCCCCUCUCCUAUGUCUGCAAAUGCCAGUUCUGCUCCGGCCACUCCACAGACCAACCGCAACACCGGAUCCAAACCACCACGACCAAGCACCACUCCCAGCCCACUAGCAACACAGUCAAAUAACAAACGGUUUUGUAAGGAGAAUCCCUUCAACAGGAAAGCAUCUCCCUCUAACCCAAAUUCUGAAAACAGACCUUCAAGAGGGCCCCGCCCCGCCAGACCCCCGGCACCCGGACAUGGCUUCCCGCUUAUCAAACGGAAGGUGCAGUCGGAUGAGUACAUCCCCAUAGAUGACAUCCAUGCAGAGCUGCUACAGCUGGAGAAGCAGCUGGAUGAGCUGGAACAGAGAGGAGUGGAGCUGGAGAAGAAGCUGAGAGACACCCCUAACGAUGAGGAUGAAGAGCGCCUCCUUGUGGACUGGUUCACUCUGAUUCAUGAUAAACAUCAUUUAGUGCGACGUGAAGCGGAGCUGGUCUACACUGCCAAGCAGCAGAACCUGGAGGAGAGGCAAGCUGAUGUGGAGUAUGAGCUGAGGUGUCUUCUCAACAAACCAGAAAAAGACUGGACUGAGGAGGACAAGAGUCGGGAGCAGGAGCUGAUGGCUGAGCUAGUUACCAUCAUUGAACAGCGCAACCAAAUAGUUAACAACAUGGAUCAGGAGCGGCAGAGGGAAGAGGAGGAAGACAAACUAAUGGAGGCCAUGUUGAAGAAAAAAGACUUUCACAAGGAUCCAGACAGUGACCACCAGAAGAAAAAAGGGAAAAAGUUUAAACCCAUCAAGGUGCUGAAGAGGCUGAGUCAUAAAGGAGAAGCAGGAAAGAGUCCCAGCCCUCACAAGGAGAAGAGCUGAGGAGCAGAGGACACAUCAGGGGAGGAUGGAGUACUUUAACAAGACUAACAUUUUUUUAUUAUUAUUUAACGAUGAAUAAUGGAGCAUAUCAGGUCAGAAAGAUGACCUUCACUUCCAACUUUCCAUCUGCUCAGUCCUAAAACAUCUGCAGUGACCUUUUCCAUCUGGCUUUGUGUAUUUUAAAGUAACAGUUUAAGUAAGUGCUUUAUGAGCUUUGAUCUCGAAAUAUAAACAUGUUGAAGA